AUUUGCAGGUUGCUCAUCUUGCACAGACGCGCCCAGGAGACACGAACUGAAUCAAGUAUCUGUCAGUGUUUUUCCUCGUACAAAUGCACCCGCUACCAAAGGUUCAGGGCGCCGCCACAAGUGCAGUGCCAAUUAAUGAGAUGUCCGUUUUUGCUAAGAAAAGUGGAUUUGGAUGGAGCACAUUUGACUUGAUGAGAUGUUUCUUGAUGAUCUGAAUGGCGGUGGCAAAUAACGAGGUUAUGAAGCCUCAGGAGGGCGAGCUAGUCGGUGAGAUCUCCAAGGCUGUGGAAACACUUUUCCUUUCUGAGGACAAUGGCCACGCACACACUCAGCUCCAGGGCCUGGUGUCAGAGCUGAAGGUGGGCUUCUCCAGCGCUCUGUAUGAGCUGAGUCAGAUCCAGCAUGGAGACAGUGAUAUCAGGGAGGAGGUGGGGGAGGCCCGGAGGAGCUGUGAGAGAAAGGCCCUGCGCAUGGAGACCCUGGUCGAAUCUCUCAGGGAUGAACUGGGAGAGAUGCGUUGCCAGAUCCUGCAACUCUGUGGCAGCAGCAGGCAGAGGCCUCCUAUGCAGCAGGAGGUAAAGGUGACACAAUCAUCUCUGGCAACCCAGAGAGACAGUAAUACAGGUCUUGUGGUGAAUGGGAGGAGGCACUGUGAGUGCAGUGCCAGCAGCAGCACAUCAUCGUCUUCUAACAGGGGCAGAGUCCUGCUCCACUGCUACCUGCAGGGGCUCAAGGCAGGGAUGUGUGAGGGGACAGAUGCAAGGCACCAGGUGACGAUGCAGCUUCUCCACUCAGAAUGGGAAUACGUGUCGACCUUAAACCAGCUCUACGACAAGUACAGAACACCCCCAGCUCUUCAGAUGGACCUGGAGCCAUAUCAGAAGUACCUGAAGUUUGUGGAGGAGUUGCUGCAGCGCCACCUGCUGUUCAGAAACACCCUGGAGCAGAGGCUGUCUGCUCAGGACUGGAAAGGCCUUGUGGGAGACAUCUUUGUCCAACUUGUAGGCCACAAUGAUUCAUCUUUCUUGGACAUGUACCAUGGAUACACGACAGCCCUGGCCACGUUCCUUUCUAUAGAAUUCAACAGAAUAAUGCUCAAUGGGAAAAUGCACAACACACAGAGCUAUCAGAAGGAAAGAGAGGAGGUCCAACUGUUCUCUCUGCUGUUGGCACCAGUCUCUCGGAUCCACAGCUAUCUAACCCUUAUUCAGAGUCUGUUGCAGUGGACUGGCAGUGAUCACCCAGACUGCAGCCUCCUCCAGGGGUCAGAGAGGGUCCUGAGGAGCAUCCUUUCCCGCUGUCACCUCAUCCUGGAGGAGGAUGUCCGAUGGGGGGACGGAGGAGGAAUGGCCGGGCCCAGUGGCAGCUGCCCUGCCUGUCCCUGUGCCAAGUCGUGCGAUCGCAGAAGCCAGCUCUGCCCUGCCAGGGACACACAGACACACAGACAGGAGUCCCACGAUGCUGCUGGGAAACGAGAAGAACAACAACUCGGCACACGUCGAUCUAGCUGUGCCGCCGGCUGCCAGAGCAUCCCUGUUGCCUGUUGGCCUACCGGUAGUGUACGGAAGAAGAGUUGUUACAGAGACAGGCCCGGGGGGACCCUCCAGUCUCACCUCCAUGACUCCUGUGGCCUGGCUGGACUGGUCUACGGUGGGGACACCGCCUCCUUCCUCCACGCGGCACCCCCUGGGUGGGGGGACAGCGACUCUGGACAGGAGACUCCUAGCCAGGCCACAGGGGUUAUGGGACAGGAAGGACAUGGACACGGCCCACAGACCCCUGGUCCUCACAUGGUCCAGAGAAGCACUGAUGACUGUGACACGGAGGAGGACGUUGGGGACACCUCCGUGUUCGACUACUCCUCUGUUACCACUUGUAGCCCAGACGGGACCUUGAGGAGGGAGGGGGAAGUGAGUAACACCGAGGAGGACGAUGAGGAGGAGGAGGAGGAGGACACAGACAGUCAGGUGCCUGUUCUGUUGAAGCCCUCGUACACGCAGCAGCAGCAGCUGAGGGAUUCACCCAGAGAACGGACGGUGUGUCUGAGGUGGCAGAUCCCCAGGCUGCCGUACCCCUCUUCUCGAAGUCCUCGACACCAGGCAGGACCAGCGGGCCUGGAGGGACCGGGUCAGACACCAGGGCUACCAGGACUCUGUGGGAACAGAGUCAUCAGCGUGACCAAGGGACCACCUCCUCUCCUCCCCGCCAGUGUCUUCAGACCCAUCUGGGAUGAACCACCAAAACAGGGAGAUGCAGCACCAGUAAAGGAGAAUACAUCACAAGGCUUCAGACCGGUUCAAGCCACUGAGAGGCAGACAUUUCCUAACUUCAAAAAGCUAAGGUUCCAAACCCAGCCGAGAGUUGGCCACGCCCAGGCAGGAGCCAUGGGGGGUGUUGCAGUGUGGGAUGAGAGUGAGGACAGUGAGGGGCCCUGCAGCACCGUGUGAGAGAGGGAGACUGUCUGAGAGACCAACCUAGAAGUCUGCAGCACCGUGUGAGAGACCAACCGAUGAAGACUACAGCACCCUGUGAGAGAGGGAUCAUCUAAGAGACCAGCCCAACAGUCUGCAGCACUGUGUGUGAUAUAUAGACUGUCUGACAGACCAACCCAGAGGUCUACAGCACUGUGGGACACCAUCCGAGUAAUCCGAACCGCAACCACAUUUCUUGCAUGCUGGCCAGCUACUCGAUUAGCAUUUAUGGUCUGUCUGUCACGAGACCAACCCAGAGGACUAACAGCACUGUGUGAGAGAGACCGUCAUUUGAGAGACCAACCCAUGAGGUCUGCAGUACUGUGUGAGAGCGAUAAAGAGAGAGACUCUGUACUGUGUGAGGGAGAGCGAGAGACUCUGUACUGUGUGAGGGAGAGAGAUACUCUGUACUGUGUGUGUGAGAGCGAGAGAGAGAGAAACUUUACUGCGUGAGAGAAAGAUAGAGAAUGUACUGUGACCAGUAUUAAGGUCUGCAACAAUAACAAUGGUGGUGGGGGCAGCCAGUGCCGCUCGCUGUUUCAUCUGAAAGACAGACCAGCCUGCAUGACUGGCAUUACACACUAAACAUCCCCGUAACAGGACUGACCAGCCUGCAUGACUGGCAUUACACACCAAACAUCCCCGUAACAGGACUGACCAGCCUGCAUGACUGGCAUUACACACCAAACAUCCCCGUAACAGGACUGACCAGCCUGCAUGACUGGCAUUACACACUAAACAUCCCCGUAACAGCACAGUGCUACUGUACAAGGGCCCCUAAAGAGAACAGGGUGGAAUACGAAAGAUCCUGAGACAAGUAGAACACUUUAAAAAAUCAGAUGCGAUUUCGGCUCAUCCCAGAUCGGUCGCACCGACCAACGCUGAGGUCCUGAAAGAAAGACUCUGGACAUUCAGGCAGCAGAAGAAAAGAAAAAGACAGGCGUGUCCCAAAUGACACCCUAUUAUAUAUGUACAGGUAACUGGUCAACAUAAAGUGUCUUGAUAGGGCGUUGGGCC